UCAUUUAUUUUCACUCCUCUCUAUAUCUCUCUCUUUCUCAUUCUUAUUGCAAUGAUGAAACUAUAAACAAAGAAUAGCUGGGUUUUCUCAUUUCUUCUUUGUUAUUGUUUUACUUCUUCUACUCGGAUCGUGAAACUUGAAGAUCGGAUCAAGAGCUUUCGAACUCCAGCCCUAAACCUUCACUCGCUCAUCCCAAGAUGAAUUGAGUUUAGGAGAGGGAGAGAGAGAGAGAAAGAGAGAGAAAAGGGUUACGGAGUGAUCUGAAUAUAUAGGGUUUGCAACAAAAGAAGAUCUUUUUCUUGGCUGGUUCGAUAAGGAAGGAUCUCAGAGAACCCAUUAAUGUGUGAUUUUGAUAUAAAAAAGAAGUCCUUGAUCUAGAAAGAUCCGUAAACAAAAGAUUUCUUGCAUUCCAAGUUUAUCAAGUUAGAGAGAGGAAAGCGAGAGUGAGGAACCAAAGGAUGUCGUCGUCAAAUUCUCCGUGUGCAGCGUGCAAAUUCUUACGCCGAAAAUGCACCCAAGAGUGUGUUUUUGCACCAUAUUUUCCACCAGAUCAGCCUCAGAAAUUCGCCAAUGUCCACAAAGUCUUCGGUGCCAGUAACGUGGCUAAAUUGCUGAACGAACUCAAUGCUGCUCAAAGGGAAGAUGCGGUGAAUUCGCUAGCCUAUGAGGCUGAAUAUCGCUUGCGGGAUCCAGUCUAUGGUUGUGUUGGCCUUAUUUCAUUGCUUCAACAUAAGCUUAGGCAAGUUCAAGAUGAUUUACUGAAUGCUAAAAAGGAAUUAGCUACUUACAUUGGGCCAUCAGCAAUGCUACCAAUUCUUCAACCUCAAGGGUUUCUCCAACCGCAUCAUAUGAAUAAUCCCUCUUCUAGUACUAUGAUGCCUUUUAAUAUGAACCCAAUGUUAGGAAUGCCCACUGGGGUCCCACAUGGUGGUCAAUUGAUGAUUCGUGACCCUCAGCAGCAGCAGACAAUUGAAGCUCAGCAAUUAGCAGCAGCAAUGGCUGCAAGGGAACAACAGGAGAUGCUUCGGAAUUAUGAGCUGCAACAGCAACAACAACAGCAGCAGCAGCAUCCUUCUCAACAACAAGAUAUUGUAAGGUUUAACAGUGGGUUUGACUCUACAGGCUCAGUGACUGCUACUGGAUUUCACCAAAUGAGUUCCUCACCCAUAUCAGCUUCGUUGGCUUUGGGCUCCUAUGAGAAUAAUCCUUAUAAUCUGAUUCAGCAGCCGCAACAGGAGCAAAAUAAUCCUCAUCAUCACCAGCAGAUUCAUCUUCAGCCACAGCUGUUGCUGCAGCAACAACAGCAGCAGACACCGCAGCAACCAGAGACCCCGAGGCAGCAACAGAGAGCCAAAAGCGAAGAGGAGGGAAGGAGCGUCGGUCCUUCAUGUUGAUGUCCUCAGUACUGUGCUGACAAACCUUUAUUAAAUAGUACAUUUUUGAUCUUGCAAAUUGAUGCCAUAUACCAGCGUAUAAAAAGAGAGACAUGAGAUAGAAGAAGAGAGAUUAUGAUGUACAAAGAGAAAUGAGACGUAGUAGCAGAGUGAAAUGAGUAUUUUCAACUUGAACGUUAAAUUUUGUAGGUAUCAGUUCUUUUUUAGACUUUAUUUCCUACUCCAAAAUUUCUAUAUAUUCAUCAAGACCCUUACUGAGUUUUGAAGAACACAGUUUAUUCCUGGAAAAGGUACAUUUUUCUUAAAUGUUGGAGUAGCAUAACAGUGUUUGUCUUUCGUUUGAAUAUAGAUGCUUGC